AUGUCUGGCUUCGACGACCCUGGCAUUUUCUACAGCGACAGCUUCGGGGGGGACCCCGGGGCCGACGAGGGGCAGGCCCGCAAAUCGCAGCUGCAGAGGCGCUUCAAGGAGUUCCUGCGGCAGUACCGAGUGGGCACCGACCGCACGGGCUUCACCUUCAAAUACAGGGAUGAGCUCAAGCGACAUUACAACCUGGGGGAGUACUGGAUUGAGGUGGAGAUGGAGGAUCUGGCCAGCUUUGAUGAGGACCUGGCUGACCACUUGUACAAGCAGCCAGCCGAGCACUUGCAGCUGCUGGAGGAAGCUGCCAAGGAGGUGGCUGACGAGGUGACCCGGCCCCGGCCCUCUGGCGAGGAGGUGCUCCAGGACAUCCAGGUCAUGCUCAAGUCGGACGCCAGCCCGUCCAGCAUCCGGAGCCUGAAG